AUGGAAUUUCAGGAGCCAUUUUACAAAGACCUAGAGAUGGCCAAUACCUUAUCAGAUGAUGAGGAUGAUGAUUGGGGUGGGAGCUAUCACCACCCUACCCUUGAAAAAGCCCAUAUGUCCAGGUUUGCCAGCAUGUCACCUUGUAGCCCGCAUGAUUCUUUAUAUCACAACACAGCCAGACAGCUGGGAAUUGAGGCAUUUGCUCCCUGCCUCCAUCCCAGCGACUUGUAUGUUUCCAGCACAGCUCAUGACAAGGCACCUGAAAGUUGUGCUCUUCAUGAAGAAUCCAUAGGAGACAGGGAGUAUCCAUCUCUGCAGCUGAGCUACGAAGAACUCAAAGAGGAGAAUUCCAUGCUCAGGAGGAAGAUCAAAAUUAUCCAGAGCUUCUCAGAAAGUCAGACACACAUGGUGAGAAACCUAGAGAGAAGACUGAGGGCCAGUGUGGUCAAAGAAAAGAAAGAGACUCAGGGUUUAGAAUCCAUUGUCCAGCAGGCAGAACGGAAUCUGCAGGGGAUGACCCAGCGGGCCCUGAAGGCAGAAAGUAAGGCUGCAAAGCUGAAGCAGGAGGUGUCCGUUCUCCAGGUGGAGCUGGAGAGUUUCAAGGCAGAGAAUGACAUGCUGCGUGCAGGCCAGUCUGCCAGCCUGGGGGCAAUGCAACAAAAUGUAGAUGUUGCCUUGCAGAAUCUCCACGGGGUUAUAGCCAAUGCACACUUGUCAAUCAAACAGCUGGUCUCGGGAACAGAAAUGCUGCAUUUUGUGGCUGACCUCUUGAAAUCCAUAGACAAGAUUUCCGAAAUCAAAAAGGAAGAUGAUGGUUGA